AUGACCACCGACAACCGAGCGGCAAUGUGGCUACUGCCGCCGAUCGCGCUGCAGAUUCUGGACUACCUCGAUGACGACGAUGACGCAUUCGCUUUCCUUUCUGCAGCACCGGACGGUAGCCUCGAUGACGCGCUCGGCGCGCUCCAGACGCUCUUGGCCAUGGGCUCGGCGCUGCCACUCUGGCCCACGGCCGACGUGGCCCGUCUCGACAAGGCCUACAACGUCAAUCCCAACGUCGUCACGAGAGCGCUUCCAGCGCUCAAGACGAUUACUGUCGCUGGCAGCCAGGACUGCUCGAGCAUUUGCCACAACACGGUCCUGCCACCGACGACCGUCGUGAGCGCUGUAGUCGAUCUCGACGACGAUCUCGACGACGAUCUCGACGACGCCACCACCGUCCUCGCAGCCCUCGGCAAGUGGCUUCCGAACCUUGUCGAUCUCAGUAUCGCGAGUACAUCUUGUGAAAACUUUGCAGCCAUCGUCAUGGACAACCUCUCGUUGUGCCCGCGCCUUUGUUCGCUUACCAUAGAUCAGGACGAGGCGCUUACGCAGGACGUAUUGGACGCUGCGCUGAUGGCUGUCGUGGAAAAUUGCCCCCAAGUCGCACACAUCAGCGUCAGUGUCGCCAAAAUCUCGCACAUGUCGAGCUGUAAGUCCCUCCUCGCAUGGCUGGCGCUGCCCACCGCCCGUCAUCUUUUGCUGGACGCGACCGACUUUGAGUGGGAGCUCGGCGCAGAGCUGGCAACGGCCCUGCUCACGUCAAGUACGCUCGAGACAAUCGAGCUCUUCACCGUCCCGCGCCUUGUACGUGCGGUUUUAAGUCCAUCGUCGCCACCCCUCCCCCAGCAAUUGCGUCACCUGACGAUCUCGGACUACAUAUCGGUAGACGACGACAGUCCCUACGACGACGACUACGAUGACGUCGAACCACCGCGGGCGGUUGACGAAGCGGACAUGGCCACGCUUGCCGCCAAGAUCGCAACCUCGCGCCUCGAAUGCUUGGAUUUGUAUCUUCGAGUUCCAUGCGAUGCCACGUCCGUCCUCUGCGCCUUGCCGCACAUACCAACACUGACCAAAUUUGCGCUCCAGGAGGCGACUCUGACCUCGUUUCCGCCUCUGAUGCAACUUUUGCAUCUGGAGCUGGGCUCGGUGACGUUCUCGGACGAAGCCAUCGAGUCGCUCGCGGCGCUGCUUUGCUCGUCGCCCAAGCUCGUGCAUCUCGAUCUCGGCUACGACCAGCUCCCAGACGACCAAGCCAACACGAUCUUUUGCGCGCUCUCGCAAUGGCUCAGUCGUCGGGGUAUAACCUGCAGCGUCGACCUUGCAAUCAAGAGCGAGGCGUGUGCCAGUGGUUUUGCGACGGCAUUGGCUCAGACGCGCAACACCCAUGGAGUCAAGAUCACAGUGUCGGCAUACGGUCUCUCGCUCGCCGCCAAGAUGCGUAUUCUUGCUGCGCUGGCGUCAACGGCACGGAUGGCGGCAGUGUUUAGCGCAUCCCAAAAUCACACGGACGACGCGGCGCUGGAAGCGUGGGGCUUGCAACACCAUUUGACGAUCGUGUAUCGCAAGGAGCACCCUCAGUCAGCCAAGCAGACCUGGUUCCACUCGCCACGCGAUACGAAAACGACCUACUAG